AUGCAGGGUGAUGACAGUAAUAGGUUCACUGGUGAUGGCUGGGGGACUCUUCCUGUGCUCCUUUGCCCCAACGAUUGACUACCUGUAUGCAUUCUUUGGUGUUCUAGCAGGCAGUGGCUAUGGUAUCAUCGUUGUUUCUACGUUGCUAGUCACAAAACAGUACUUCCAAGAAAACCAAACCGUGGCAUUGUUUAUCCUAGCAACAGGACAACCAUUUGGCAUAUUUAUCAUUCCGCUGUUGACGCGACUCUUACUGGAUAAUUUUUCAUAUUUUGGAAUGUAUUUGAUAUCAUCAGGGAUUGUGCUCCAUAUUGUUCUGCUAGGACUGUUCUUUAGACCACUGGCUGCACACGACAUAUCCAGUGCAGUUGGUGAGUAUACACGAAUGAAUGAAGGUCCCCCAGAAUCAACGACCCCUUCAAAAAACAUACACGGAGAACAUCCAUUUUCGGUCGAUCGUAGUGAGGCUACGAUAGAACAGGCAGAGCGUGAAACGUUAAAACCCAAGUCAUCAAAGUCAUCAUAUAAGACAGUUGAAGGACCAUCUGAAACAAUUGUUGUAUCUACAUUGGAAAAGUCUUGGAAAUUUGAGGACACUACAUUAUACGAAUCCGAAGAUGAAGAAACUGAUAAUACAAAUGUAUCUGCUGAAUCAGUAAAGCAGCCCACAGUUAUUCCGCAAGCAAGUUCUGCAGUUGAAAGCAUCCCUAGUGCUCAAGAGAACAUUCGCGAGCAACCUGAAACGCAUACAAUAUUUGAAAUAGUCAUGGGUAUCCAUAACCCGAAAACGCUGUGUGAUUGUCGUAUCUUAUGGCUUACUCUUUCUGCCAUCUUGUACAGCAUUGGUAUAGGCUACCCAUAUAUCUUUUAUCCUGAUGUCGCUAAAAAAAGAGGUUACGAAGAUACAACUUCCGUCUGGGCACUGUCAAUAAUGGGCCUUGUGGGAAUCCCAGGCGUCAUUUGUUUUGGUGCCGUGAUCAAGACAAUCAGAGGGCGGAGUGUCAGUGGGGGUGUUAUACUCUUGGCGGGCUUGUCAACAAUCGCUGCAGCACUUGGCAUAGCCUUUGAGAGUUACUAUACUAGCAUUGGUCUCAUAAUAUUGUCUGCUCUCAUAUUUGGAUUUUUUAGUGUGGUGUACAGGUUCGUACAAGAAGAGGUGCUGAAAGAGAUCUUCGAUCACCACAUGGUCUCUCAAGUGUUCUUCUUUCUCUCGUGGGUAUCCGGCUUUGGAUACUUGCUUGGAAUAAUUAUUGGAGGUUGGCUAAGGGACCACUAUGGCGAUUAUGGGAAUAGCUUCGUGCUUGCCGCAAUAUGUUUGGGCCUUGCAGGGGCUAUGCUUGCACCUUUGAUGGCAUUCCAGAGAACGAACUAAGAAGACGCAAUACAAUAGAGAUCUCUACAUUUUGUGGUGAUCUUCUAGAAAACUGCCAGUCUAAAUGUGUGAACAACAGCAAACUUCGUUGUUCUGGUUACUUAAGAACAAUGCGUUUAAUAGGAAAACAAAACAUAAAUGUAUACCCAGUUACUGAAAUCAUAGCUUACAUUAUCCAUUACUACAUGAAACUUGAACAUCAAACAGAUAAUAUUCAUUAAGGUUUUUAAUUGACCGUUAAUGUUUUGAGCAACUCGCAUAUUAAUUUAUAUUUUCAUUAGUUAGAAACUAUACAUAAUUUCUACAUUACAUACUUGUGUAUGUUGUCCAUUUUUGCGUUAAUUAUGACUGCAACUUACAAUGCUUUACAUAUAUUUGUAUAUUAUUUGCUUUAAGUAUGAUUGAACUAUAUUUUAAAUAAUUUGUAUUUAUAUAAUAUAGACUAAUCAACUUUGUAUUAAAUACAUUUUGCAAUAUGAAGCGCUCUUUACAAACGCACGUAGGUAUGUAUGCUUUACUUAUGGACACCACGACAAUGUGUAUACCCGGUAUGCUCAACUAUAAGUUCUUACUUAUUUGACCUAUGUGCUACUCAAAUACCUGUCUAUUAAAAUUGGAAUAAUA